GGGCUCUGGGAGCCCUUGCCACCCGGAUCCCGUCGCCAGCAGCAGGCAGUCAGGUGCAGCGGCUGCGGGACAGCCUUCCCGGAGGCCUUCGCGCUCCUCGACCACCUGGUAACUCACUGUGAGGAGAGACCCUUCGGGUGCCCCAAAGGCGGAGGUGCCCCCGAGGAGAACGGGACCCUGGACGGUCACAGGAAGAGCCCCACGGGAGGAGCGCCCCACGUGUGCCACGAGUGCGGGAAGGCCUUCAGCUACCCGUCGAAACUGAGGAAGCACCAGAAGGUGCACACGGGCGUCAGGCCUUUCGGCUGCGGUGAGUGCGGGAGAACCUUCAGCCGCAAGGACGCCCUGGUGCUGCACCGGAGGAUCCACACCGGGGAGAGGCCCUACGCCUGCGGCCAGUGCGGCAGAGCCUUCAGCGUUCUGUCCACCCUCAUCCGGCACCGGAAAGUCCACAUCGGAGACCGGCCCUACGAGUGCCGGGAAUGUGGGAAGUUCUUUAAGUACAGCCAGAGCUUCGUGCUCCACCAGAGAGUUCACACUGGAGAGAAGCCUUACGCGUGCACGCAGUGCGGGAAAGCGUACGUGACGCGCUCCGGCCUGUACCAGCACGGGAAGGCCCACACCGGCGAACGGCCCUACGAGUGCGGCCUGUGCGGGAAGACCUUCACCACCAGGUCCUACCGCAACCGGCACCAGCAGUUCCACACGGAGCAGCGGGCCUACGAGUGUGCGGAGUGCGGCAAAGCCUUCAAACACAGCUCCACGCUCCUGCAGCACAAGAAAGUCCACACGGGAGCAGGGUCGUAGGCGGCCGGGAUGUGGGAAGGCCUUUCGCCACAGCCGGCACCUUGCUCGAAGCGGAAGGUCUCUCUCCAGGGAGGAGGUUGAGGAGAGGAGCCAUUUGAGAGGUGAGCCAGGCACACCCCACACCCCGCCGGGAGGGGUCGGGUGUGCGGGAAGCUUCCGGGAGCUGUGUGCACGCUGACCUGCCCAGGCCGCUGCCGUCCGACAGUCCCCAUGGUGGCAUCUGCCGCCCAGUGUGCUCAGGGACAGCAGACCUCGGUGCUCCCUGCUCUGUGUAGAACAGAGUCCUGAGUGUUGGAGCCCAUAUUGGGCGUUACGUCCCGACUGGUUCAGGUGUGGGCAUCACCCCGCUGUGGCCAACGGUCGCUAAGCAGUGCCCACUGGGGUGUGUGGGGAAGGUGAACGGUCUCUCGUACUGUUGACACUGCUCGGGGCACCUGUCUCUCUCUCACUGCUCCGGAGGGCACAGCAGUGAGGCCUUGUUGUUGGCCUUGGCUGGUGCGGCUCAGGGGGUUGGACAUCCCGUGCACCCAGAGGUGGUUGAUCC